AUGGUGGCAUAUUCCUCCCAUUCGUUAUCGCUUCACAAACCACACCCAUAUCCAGAACCUACUCGCAAAAUGGCGCGCUUCAGACCCAGCAAUAUUCUCGGCGACCCGUUCGCACUCGCUACUACUUCCAUCUCCGUCUUAGCAUGGUUGAUCGCGUUCAUCUCUUCGAUUAUCACCGGAAUUCAUGGCGACUAUCCUACCUAUUCAUGGUGGGCCUUGGCCUAUGGGUUUUGCAUAAUUUCUGGGAUGGCCGUCGUGUUUGGGACGGAUACGGGCGUGGUCUAUAACAUCGCGAUUGUGGGCUAUCUAUCCGCUGGUCUUGUCUUCUCCACGAUCUCAGUGAACUCGCUUGUUUAUUCGAGUAAUGCAGCCUCGCAAGCUGCGGGCGCAGGAUUUAUUCUUCUGUCCAUGGUGAUUAUCAUUUGGAUCUUCUAUUUCGGGUCGAGCCCCCAGGCGUCUCACCGCGGAUUUAUCGAUUCAUUCGCCCUGCAGAAGGAAGGCGCCGGCUCGUACGCCAACAGCAGACCUAUGUCUACCGCAUUUGGAACCCGGCCCGAAACAACCUCGAGCCAGCCGCCCCAGAUGUACACAUCAGCUCAGCUCAAUGGCUUCGAGACUUCGUCACCUGUCUCGGGCUACCAUGGUGGAGCCCCCGGAUCUGAACACCGCACCUCGCAGCCCCGCUUCGGCAACCCGUCAGCAACGAACCUUGCCCCGCCCGGCAGUGGUGUGCCCCCCGAUGAAGUUCCGCAACCAACCGAGUAUCCGUACCGCGCAAAGGCAAUCUAUUCUUACGAGGCCAACCCGGAGGACGCGAAUGAAAUCAGCUUCACCAAACACGAGAUUUUAGAGGUCUCUGACGUCAGUGGGAGAUGGUGGCAGGCCAGAAAAGCCAAUGGAGACACCGGUAUCGCUCCAUCCAAUUAUUUGAUCCUGUUGUGA